AUGGGUAAAGGUUCGAGUUCAAGUCUGGGGUUAGAGUCUGGAUCCAGAGUUCAGGAUCUGGGUCUAGAGUCUGGGGUCUGGGGUCUAGGGUCUAGGAUUCUGGGUCCGGGGUCCUGGUCUAGGGUCCGGGGUUUGGGUCUGGAUCUUUGUACUGGUCUUGGUCUAGGGUGUGGGUUCAGGUUCAGGAUGGCUCCCAGACUCAUAAUUCCAGCACCCGAGCAUUUUACUGGCCGCGUGACAUAUAGAGGCACCGGAAUUUUUGCAAAAAUUAAAGCUCGGUUUGAGGAGUUCAAUCUGAAUAACACGGCGAAGGAAAGCCAUUUCGGCAGCUUUUGGAAUGCCGUACCCUUGACAUUCUCCUCGGUGUUAUUUCACCAGCUGAUGCUCCACAAAAUGAAAGUGGAUGCUCAGGAGGAGUUGAGGAUGCGGUUUUACGUUGGUCGGAAGGAGGUCAGAUUCGGAGUGCUGGAGUUUGCACUCAUUACAGGCCUGGACUUCUCCUCGGGGCCAACAGAAGAGGAGAAGGCUGCGCAGGUCGCUCGCUCAGGGUCAGACCGAUUGUUCAACAAAUAUUUCAACCGGUCUGAUAGUGUGAAGACAGAAGCACUCCAAGAUAGGUUCACAAACUGUCAGAACCCGGAAGACUUGUACAAGCUCGGCUUGUGCUUGUUUGUGGAGUCAGUGCUUCUGGGCCGCGAGGCAAACACGCUGAUUACGCCUCACAUACUUAGAUAUGUGGAAGACCUCGAGUUCUUCUUCCGGAUUCCUUGGGGGAAGCACUCAUUCGCCAGACUCAUGCACUCGCUUCAAAAAGACAUGUUGAAACAGAAGGCCAACUACGAGAAGAAGCUGAGUUCGGAUGUUCAGCACGAGUGCAAAUACACAGCAUAUGGCUUCGCACCUGCAGUACAAUAUUGGGCGUACGAGGCCAUUUUGGAGGUUGGGAAGAGGUAUGGCACGAAUCACGGGAUUCGGUUCCCCAGGAUGCUUAGCUGGACGAGCAAAGGCGAUAUUGGGAAGAAAGACGUCAGCGCAUUAUUUUCUAGACGGAAUCUUGAAGUGGUGAAGGGGCUACUUCCACGGACAGAGGAGGAGGCAUUUGUGAGGACCAUAUCUUACGAUGGUGUGGAGAACCUGGUUGAUGAUGGUGUGGAUGACACAGAGGCUGAGGUAGGUAGUCAGGUACCAGAGACUCAGGUCCCAGACACUUAGGAAACAGACACUCAGGUACCAAUUUUUGGAACUUUUUUUUUAUGUCUUUAUUUUUUAUUGUUUUUGUUUUGUGAUAUUUGUUACAUUGUGGAAUUAUCGUAUGCUUACCGUAUUUUUUUGAUAUAUAUUUUUUCAGGCCACUGGUUCAGAACCUCAGCCCAGUGCACCAUCUUCAUCAGGCGUUCGGGGUGCCGAGUACACUGAUUUAGUGGCGAGGUUGGAUAGGAUCGAGGCUGACACUCAGGGUCUGUAUGCUGCUCAUGUCGAGCUGAAGAAGGCAUACGAGACCAGCCAUGUAGAGCUGAAGGGUGGUAAGAACGUAAUUAUGGAGCAGCUCAGAGACAUAUUGGCCAUGUUGAAUCGUCCGCCAACGACAGCUUCAGCACCGGAGGCCCCAGCAGAUCCAUCUACCCCACCACCAGCUGCUUCACCCCCAGUAGAAGAGGAGGAGGUCUUCCCCGACGAUUACGAUCCUUAUGAGGGAGCUCCAGCGACUCCGAUCGAGGCACAACCUGUUAUCCAUGUACAUGACACCGAGU